AUGUGUGAGAAAGGACCACAGAAGCAACCAGAAGACUGUCCCGAUUGGAUUUAUAACGUUAUGCACCAGUGCUGGGCGUUUAAGUCCGUACAAAGGCCACCUUUCAUCGCCAUUUUUGAUUGUCUCACAAGCAGGUAUUAUCGUUUUUAGUUUGAUAUAUAUUACAUCUGCUACAUCAUCAAUUAUUAUCACUUUGUCGGGCACUGUGGCGCAUUUUAUGGGCUAAAAUCGAGAAUUUGGCGGGCUAAAAUUUAUUUUAGCCCGCUGAAAUGAACCAAUGAAAAAAGAGGAUCAAACGAUCACACGAUGUAAGCAGCCAAUCAAAAUCGAGAAGCAUUUCAGUGUUCGCGCCGUCAGCUCCGCUGUUUUUGUUUGCAUCGUUUGUCAAAGAAGUCAUGCUGCCAUUUUUAAAGAUUAAAUCAUGGCUGAAAACACAGAAAACAACAAACAAUCUGUAAAUUCUUAAUCUCAGCUAGAAGAAGACGAUCGACAAAUGUUAGAGAAGCCUACAUGAAUAAACAUCUGUUUUAUUAUAUUGACUAAUCUGUAGGUCCACGGAGUCUAUUGAUGAAGUCAACUUUGGACGUGCAAAUUCUAGCAUAUCUCACCAGUUGAGAUAUAUAAACACCGUUAGCUGGAUUGGCGGUAAUGUUGCUGUCCAUAUGAGGAAAGUUGACAAUCCGAAAUCCGAAGUCCUCUCUCUUAUCGUAGAUGCUGAUACGGAAAGGUGUGUUGUCGCCAGUCUUGAUAUUAGUGUCGAGAUAACACACUUCAGUAGAUGAUGAUGAUAAGUGUCCUUAAGUUCCAAUUCCGACGGGUUAAUUGCGCUGAUGUAAUUUCCAAAGUCCACAUUGUUAGCACUGAAUAAAUCGUCGAUGUACCGAAAGGUGUUGCUGAAUUGGAUGGCUUUUGUAAUAUCCUGUUUCAUUGUUUUGACCAUGAAAUCGUACUCGAAGGUAUAAAGGAAGGGAUCAGCCAAUAAAGGUGCACUGUUGGUGCCCAUUGGUAUACCAAUAACCUGCCGGAAAACAGAGGUUCCAAAACGAAUGUAGAUGUUAUCGAUAAGAGAGUCAAUAGCGAGACAAAGCUCUCUACAGGAGAAGUACGUGUACCUCGUUGACGUUCUAUCAUUCGUCCAGAAGAUGCGUAAAUUUUUGGUAGCAAUGAAGCUCUUUCCUGUAGUAUUAAAAACUCUUUCUAAAAGAUCAUGGAGUUGCUUUUUAAUUUGGGCGUGUGGAAUAAUAAUAAUAAUAAUUGUUUAUAGUCUGUAGCUCCAUAGUCGGCGACGAAGUGCUUGUUAAUUUUGAGGCCUUAAGCCAGGCGCACUCAGUUCUAUUUGUUUAACAUUUUUACACAUUUACAUUAAUUAGUUUUAACACUUACAAAAUACUACUAAGUUUUCAUGUCAGUUAUAAGUUAUAAAAACGCACAUGGCACAACGCUAAUUUCUCAGGACACAAAAUAAAAGCCAUUCAACUUGUAGACUUAAUUGCUCGCGUGAUUUGACUCAGACUGUCUUUAUUUUCUCAAUGCCCUGCAAAGUGAUAAUAAUACUAAUAAAGUUUAUGUUCGUGGGCAUAAAUAUGUUUUAGGCCCUUCUCAACGCUCAUUUUAACCCUCGCCUAGCAGCUCGGGCUAAAGACAUAUUCAUAGUCGAGCCCAAAACAUAUUUAUGCCCGCGAACAUUAACUCUAUUGUUUUAUUAACUUUCUAAUAAUCCAUACCAUCUACAUGUAGCGUCCAUCCCCAGUAUCCCCAGCUAUUGCUUUUUUUUAACAGCUAGGCUAAAUAAUUAUUCCCACAUUUCAAGGGAACCUGCACAGUCUUGGCUCUUUGAUCUGUGGUUAUGGAAUCACCCUCGUGAAGAGUGGCCAAAUUUGCCUAUUCCUCAACCAAAGAGUGCUUGGCAUGUAAUAGCUUCAGAAUUGCACCCUCCAAAGGAAGAAAUGGAAGAGAUGUGCUCAAAAGAUUUCUUUAAAACACAUUACUAUUCCUAUAGUAAAAACUUUGGUAACACAGAAUCUUCCAAAGACCCCUCUCAAGCAUUGGGAAACGGCAAAUUCUUUGACGAAACGUAUGAGGAUGUAACAGUGUAUGAGGAAGUAAUACCUCAACGGAGUGAAACUGGAAACCAGCAAAACUCUUCCCGAGAUGAUUGUAUUGAGGUCUACGAAAGCUGUCAUGGAGAUGUAGAAAAUAAUAUGCCAAAGAAACAGAAAGAAGACGAGAAAAUCUUCAGUGAAGAGGGUUUGACCUUAAGUAAUCUAGACUUCAAGCUCCUCGGUGAACGCGAAACACAGCUAUGA